UCUUCCUUUUCUCUUCUCCGUUACCCCUUAAGAUUUUUUGUUCAUAAUUAAGCUUAUAUUAUUCCGCUUCUUUCUUUCUUUCUUUCUUUCUUUCUUUAAUAGUUUAAUUUAGAUCCCUACUUCCAUUGCUUUUUUCCUCUUGAAAUUUCUCAUUUCUGUUUUUUUUUAGGCUCUGGUUAAAAGUUUCUUCAUAAAAAAUCUUGAUGCUGCGUAUUUUUUUCUUGAUGUUUCAAAUCCAUGUCUAGUCCUGUACUCAGUGAAAUCCUCCUUUCAGGUUUUAUGAUCACAUCCUCGAUCAGAAGCAGAACCCAUCUUGUUCAAUCUUUCUCCGUUACAUUUCUCUACUGGUUUUAUGUUUUUGAUCUAUCAUUUUUCAGCAAAUCUUGAAUAUUCUUGUAUAUAACAAGAUUGAUUUGUGGGUCAUUUGCACGAAUGCCACGAAUUUUCUGCUGCCAGUUUGGGCGUGCUUGGGAGGCAUUUCUCUGAAAUUCUGCAGAAGUGAAUUCGUCAAAGUUUGGCAUCGAGAGUUACCAGAUUUCCAUAAAGGAUUUUCAGGGCGAUUUUGGUGCACGUCAGAGCCGUAAAGAUUAUAUUCAAAUGGGUUCUUCUAGUGGCAACUCUUCAGGGUCUUCACAGAUUCUGAACUCAGGUUCUGAAGAAGAUCUGAUGGAUCAAAGAAAAAGGAAAAGAAUGCAAUCAAAUCGCGAAUCGGCAAAACGAUCCCGAAUGAGAAAACAGAAGCAUUUGGACGAAUUAACAGCCCAAUCGGCUCAAAUUCAGAAGGAAAACAGCCAACUUCUCACAAGCAUUAACAUCACCACACAGAAUUACAUGAAUAUUGAGGCUGAAAAUUCUGUCAUAAGGGCUCGGAUUACGGAACUUAGCCAAAGAUUACAGUCCCUGAAUGAAAUCAUCGCCACCGCCGCGGGAGGAGGAGGCGCCACCACCAACAACUGGGCGGAGGAAUCUUUCAUGAAUCCAUGGAACUUAAUGUACUUUAGCCAACAGCCCAUCGUGGCAUCAUCUCCUGGUGCAUUUAAUUAUUGAUCAACAGCUUGAGAAAAUUGUGUGGUGAGAUCUGCAUUCAACGAGUAGAGAGAUUUGUCUUAUUGUCUCAUUAUUUAACUACUUUUUCUAUGAUGUUCUGUGUUCGUCGUGUAUUGUACUAAAAUAUGUUCUUGGUAUGUAGAUGAGUAAAUAUCGAUAAUAAAUGAAUAAAUAUGUAUGUAAUUCUCCUUUUUAUCAA